AAAACGGUAGGAAGCGAAGGGAGGAAGCGGCAGCUGAGAAUGCUCGCCACCUGAUUAAUAAUAAUAAAAUAUAUAAUCUCAUUCUUAUCUCUCUCUCUCUCUCUCGAUUAAAACCUCCUAUAUAGAGAUAGAUUAUAGAUACACCCAAAGCUUCACUACUUCCAUGCUUCACCCACACACACAAAAAUACAUAUAAAUAUCUUCCACUAACAAACUCUAACACAUAUUUAAUUUAUACACAUGGGUGAAUCGGUUGAGCUUCCGAGUCGACUCGGUAUCCUCCCCUUCAGAAACAAAGUCUUAUUGCCGGGCGCUAUUAUUCGAAUUCGAUGCACUUCUCCUAGCAGUGUCAAAUUGGUGGAACAAGAACUGUGGCAGAAGGAAGAGAAGGGAUUGAUCGGGAUUUUGCCUGUGCGUGAUGCUGCUGAAGCAACGUCGGUAGGGCCUGCUGUGUUAUCAUCAGGACUAGGGCCUGAGAUAGGAGAUCGGAAUCCCAAAACUCAAGUUGGUGCGUCAGAUGCUCAGAAGAUUGAUGGAAAAAAUCAGCAGGAAGUUAUUCAAUGGCAUACUAGGGGAGUUGCAGCUCGAGCUUUACAUCUCUCCAGGGGAGUGGAGAAACCAAGUGGACGAGUCACAUACAUUGUUGUUCUUGAAGGAUUGUGUAGAUUCAAUGUUCAGGAACUUAGUACAAGGGGGACUUAUUAUACUGCACGGAUUACUUCUCUGGAUAUGACAAAGCCUGAGAUGGAGCUAGUAGAGCAAGAUCCAGAUUUCAUAGCACUGUCCCUCCAGUUCAAAGCUUCUGCGAUGGACCUUAUCUCUGUUCUUGAGCAGAAACAAAAAACUGGAGGGAGGACAAAAGUUCUUUUGGAGACGGUUCCAGUGCACAAGCUGGCAGAUAUAUUUGUUGCUAGUUUCGAGAUAAGCUUUGAAGAACAGCUUUCUAUGUUAGACUCGGUUGAUGUGAAAGUUCGACUUUCAAAAGCUACUGAAUUAGUUAAUCGGCAUUUGCAGUCGAUUCGUGUAGCAGAGAAGAUUACACAAAAGGUUGAGGGACAGUUAUCUAAAUCACAGAAAGAAUUCCUUCUGCGUCAGCAGAUGAGGGCUAUCAAAGAGGAGCUUGGUGACAAUGAUGAUGAUGAGGAUGAUGUGUCUGCCCUCGAAAAGAAAAUGCAAAGUGCAGGAAUGCCUGCAAAUAUCUGGAAGCAUGCUCAGAGGGAACUAAGGCGACUGAAGAAAAUGCAACCCCAGCAACCUGGAUAUAAUAGCUCUCGGGUUUACUUGGAACUUCUUGCUGAUUUACCCUGGCAGACGGCCAGUGAAGAACAUGAAUUGGACUUAAAGGCUGCAAAAGAGCGUCUUGAUAAUGAUCAUUAUGGUCUGGUCAAGGUCAAGCAACGGAUAAUCGAAUAUUUGGCUGUUCGUAAGCUUAAACCAGAUGCAAGAGGCCCAGUAUUGUGCUUUGUUGGUCCCCCAGGUGUUGGAAAGACAUCCUUGGCAUCAUCUAUUGCGUCUGCUCUAGGCAGGAAAUUCGUACGCAUCUCUCUCGGGGGAGUUAAAGAUGAAGCUGAUAUUAGAGGACAUAGAAGGACAUACAUUGGAAGCAUGCCCGGACGUCUCAUUGAUGGAUUGAAGAAAGUAGCAGUUUGCAAUCCUGUUAUGCUCCUCGAUGAGAUUGACAAGACUGGCUCUGAUGUUCGUGGUGAUCCAGCCUCGGCUCUACUGGAAGUUCUCGACCCUGAACAGAACAAGACAUUUAAUGAUCACUAUUUGAAUGUUCCUUAUGACCUUUCGAAGGUCAUCUUUGUGGCAACUGCAAAUAAAGCACAACCUAUUCCUCCACCUCUCCUAGACAGGAUGGAAGUCAUUGAACUGCCUGGUUAUACUCCCGAAGAAAAGCUUAGAAUUGCGAUGCGGCACUUAAUUCCAAGAGUUCUGGAUCAGCAUGGCUUGAGUUCUAAUUUCCUUAAAAUUCCGGAGGCUAUGAUGAAACUCAUUAUUGAAAGAUACACAAGAGAGGCUGGUGUUAGGAAUCUGGAAAGGAAUCUAGCGUCUCUUGCUCGUGCAGCCGCAGUAAGAGUAGCAGAGCAAGAGCAUGUUCUUCCUCUUAAAAAAGAUGUGCACCAAAUUUCUUCUCCAUUGCUGGAAAGUAGACUUGGGGAAAGCGCGGAGGUAGAAAUGGAAGUAAUUUCAAUGGGGGACAAUCAUGAGAUUUCAAGCGACUUCAGAAUCAAUUCACCUUUGAUAGUUGAUGAGUCUAUGCUGGAAAAAGUAUUAGGGCCUCCACGGUUUGAUGACAAAGAAACUGCAGAGCGGGUUGCCGCACCUGGAAUAUCAGUUGGACUGGUGUGGACUGCGUUCGGAGGAGAGGUUCAAUUUGUGGAGGCUACAUCAAUGGCGGGGAAGGGCGACCUACAUCUUACUGGUCAACUUGGUGAUGUUAUUAAAGAAUCUGCGCAGAUAGCACUGACUUGGGUAAGGGCAAGGGCCACUGACCUUAAGUUGGCUGCUGCAAAGGAAACAAAUCUACUGGAUGGGCGGGAUGUUCACAUUCAUUUUCCUGCUGGUGCUAUACCUAAAGAUGGUCCCUCAGCAGGUGUGACCCUUGUCACUGCACUGGUGUCACUGUUUAGUCAUACAAGGGUAAGAUCAGACACAGCAAUGACGGGGGAAAUGACACUGCGAGGUCUAGUAUUACCUGUUGGUGGUGUUAAAGAUAAGGUUUUGGCAGCACAUCGCUAUGGUAUUAAAAGGGUUAUCCUGCCAGAGAGGAAUCUAAAGGAUUUAGUUGAAGUACCAUCAGCUGUUUUGACCAGCAUGGAGAUAUUGCCUGCCAAGCGGAUGGAAGAUGUUCUGGAGCAUGCUUUUGAAGGUGGAUGCCCUUGGAGGCAAACCUCAAGAUUGUGAUAACUCUGUCCUGAUUUCUCCAACAUACCUCAAGUUGUUUAGUUCUGUUUAAUCGGUUUUUAGCAAAGAAAAAAAAAAGAUUUUGGCAUCAGUAGCUGAGGUGGUAAGAGCUUCUAACAUAAGUAACUAAUUAGACCGGCAACUGGCAAGUGCCAAGAAAGUUAUGUGUUGUCUGUAUCGUUAUAUCCCUUUCCAUUGGGAUGUGUAAACAAGCUGCUUGCUUGAUUUGUUCUCCCUCUACUUCGUACAAACUCCCUGUGCAUAAAAAAUCAUCUUACAAUUAAACGUGCUCAGCAAUGCAUGCAUAUAUUUAUAUUAUGUACAGUUGGAACUCGAAAGAAAUCUGAUUAUAAAAUUUGUCUGGGUUGGUUGGGUCAGUAUCCUGAUCAAUUUUCUGGAUAAAGCUUUCA